AUGGCACCCUCUCAAACAGUUCAGAUUUGGAACCAAAAUGACUUGGUCAGCGAACAUAACUGGCGAGUUUUACGAAGCUCAUACCAGGGCCACCAAUGGCAAUCUGUUGAUAUUGUAUUUUCCAAUAUCACUGGUGGAUAUUUGAAUGAAGGGGGCGAACGCGAUACAGACUUCAAGGCUCUACGCAUCCUCACCUCCCACGGGGAGCCGGCAACGUUACAGGAAACGGCCUUUGACACCCCGGAACUCCACCAGUUCUUGCUACACACUCUCUCAGCGCCGGUGACCCAAGGUCAGGAGCGGUUGAUCAAGUUGAUUGUUCCAGUGGCAAAGGGAUACAUAGUACGAUCAGAUAUCAUCACUUUACGACUUCAAGACUGUCCACUUGUUGAUCAGACCAUAUCUUUUACAAACGCACUGCAAAGCUAUCAAGGGUGUUCAAAUUCUAGUUUCCUUCCCCACAAGGACAACAUCACCUUGCCAGCAAUACUUUCUGCAGCGGCAGCCAUUAUACUCGUGCAACCGACAUCGCUGGACGAUCUGGAGACUGUAUCAUCGGAUUUGAACAGGGAGCUUGGGAAUCGUCUCUCUUUCCAAUGGAUUAUUUCAGAGCCAGCACGUCAGAGGACACUGGCAUUGGUAGAGGCCAACAGCUCACACCCAGGAGAUGGACUAGGUCUUUAUACCGCGGCGGAGGCGUUGGGCAUCAAAUUGGUCGUCUUGGAUAAUGCUGGACAUUGGCUUGAAGGUGACCAUCACGUGAAGUCAUGCGAUGCAUUUAUUCCAACCCGAUUGACAAACCCCCCAUCAACGGAAAUGAAAGAUCAUAUCCUCGACUCUUUACGGGCCUACGGCAACCCCGUGGAUGGCAUCAUCACCUUUGCGGAUACCUAUUGGCCCUACGUAGCUGAAGCCGCUAAUGUUCUUGGCUUGCCAACUGCAUCUCCAGAAGCCUUCAGGAUUGCUACAAACAAAUACCAUACGAGCGUAUUUGCCGGUCACCAGGCUUAUUAUGCCUCAAGUCUCAAUCAAGCCAUCUCGAUAUCCCAAGAGCCCGACUUACCCUACCCUUUGAUUGUUAAGCCCUGUGGGGAUGGAGUUCUGAAGGGGUGUAUCGCGUUGAUUCUUGUGACGCGCUCUUGGACGCUGCAAGCGCAAUUCUCGCUUCCCGCCACGGACCCGAAUGUUAAUGGACCAACUGUUGGUGCAUCGAGCAAUUUCCAUGAGCUGUGCAGUGUCUACCCCUCGAACUUACCCGAGGCGGAGAUUGAACUGCUGCGCAAAUCUUUCCUGGAUGUGCUGCUAUCACUUGGCCUGAGGAGCGGUGUGAUGCACCUGGAAGGACGCAUAGAGAACUCCACCGUCCAGUACGUGACAAGGGACGGCGUAUCGGUGCUCUCUCAGCGAGCCAAGGCCGGUGCUCCACCGAAGGCGUGGCUAAUCGAGAUUAAUCCGCGCCCUCUAGGAAUGACAGGCUCCCAAAUUGUUGAAUCCACGUACGGAAUUGAUUAUUGGGGUCUGGCAUUACUCCUAGCUGUGGAUGAUAAGACUCGUGUGCGUGCUCUUGCGAGCCCAUACUCCAAAGGACCGCAAUACACCAGUGUGAUGGUCUUCAUCCCAGCUGACUUCCCCGCAUCCUGUGAAGGCAUCUUUGAUUCAGAUGACAUUUGCAAGGAUCUACUUUCACGGAGAUCUGACCUGGGAGAGUUCAUCAGUAGGUGUGGUUGUCUUGUCAAAAAGGGGCAACGCAUUCCGCACCCAAGCACUGGUCGUAACACCUUCCUAGCCUACUUUAAUGUAUUCUCACGGAAGAGUCACGAAGAGGCGUUAAACAUUGCCAAAGAGGUUCGCGAGGCCGUUAGAUACACCUUUAUUUGA